UGACCGACAUCAGUUCUUUCUGAAACGCCAAUAUGAACACCAAGGUCCUCAUCCUUCUCGGUUUGGCAGCCUUUGCCUCUGCAGACAGCUUUGAAUCCUACGAAUACAGGCCACCACAUAGGUCUUCUGAGGAAUCUUACGAGUCAGGUGAGGCCAAGUACGACUUCCAAUGGGCUGUGAGCGACGACUCCUCAAGCAACGAGUUCGGACACCAGGAGGCCCGUGACGGCGACCACACCCAGGGAUCCUACUACGUGCAGCUCCCCGACGGCCGCCUCCAGACCGUCAAGUACUUCGUGGACGGCGACUCCGGCUACGUGGCUGAGGUCAACUACGAGGGCGAGGCUUCCUUCGAAUCUGGUUCAUCCGAAUCUCGCGAAUACAGAUAUGUUUACGACUCCAAUGAGUCCAAGUGAAAAACUAGUCAUGUUUGAAAUAUGUGAGGUGUUAGUGACCACUAUUAGAUACAUUAUUUAUUUUGUAGAAACAUAUCAGCAUAUAUAUACAUAAAUGACAAUCAUUA